UGCCAUUUGUGUAAAGGCAGAAGUCGGGGCGAGCCGGGUGCCUCGAACGCGCGUGAGGAGGGGAGAGCACCAUGCCUCCGCCCUGACCGCGCCUCCUUCGCCGCCGCCGCCGCCUGUCCUCGAGGCCACGUGACUGUGUAACAUGCAAGCCAUUGAUCCCAGGGGGAGUUCUCCUGCCUUCCUUCAACCUCAGAAUGGAAGCAGCCAUAAAUCUUCUGGAUAUGUCCCAGGAAGAAUUGUCCCCCUUCGUCCUCCUCCCCCUCCAAAGAACCAAGCUUCAGCCAAAUUUACCUCUGCACGACAGGAAGCUCAUGCAACAGUAGCCUCCUCAGCAAAUGAGCAGCGCUUUCAAGAAGCAAGCAGAAAGAAGCGGCACAAAAAUACACUCAUUUGUUUUGCCAUGUCUAGCUUUUCAUUUUUUCUUGCACUUGGGAUUAUUUUGGGAAUAGCAUCAAAAUAUGCUCCUGAUGAGAACUGUCCGGAUCAGAAUCCCCGCCUUAAGAACUGGAAUCCUGGACAUGAUAGAGAAAAGAAAAUUGUCCUCCAACAGGGAGAUCUGUUUCGUCUGAAUAUGGAUGCUACAGUGCACUCUAUAGUUAUACAGGACGGGGGAUUGCUUGUCUUUGGUGAUGAUGAAACAGGAUCCAGAAAUAUUACACUGCAAACACGUUUCAUCCUUAUCAAGGAUGGUGGAGCGCUUCAUAUUGGAGCAGAGAAAUGUCGUUAUAAAUCCAAAGCAACAAUCAUCUUGUAUGGCAAAAUGGACCAAGGUGAUUAUGUGCCAACAUUUGGCAAAAAGUUUGUGGGUGUGGGCCCUGGUGGAACACUGGAGUUGCAUGGAUCUCAGAAGUUAGCAUGGACGUCUCUAUCAAGAACACUGUACUCUUCAGGGCUGGCCUCUGGCUCAUAUACAUUUGAAAAGGAGUUUUUCCGAGGCCUAAUUGUGAGAGUUAUUGACCAAGAUACUGCACAAGUUUUGGCAAUGGAGAGAUUUGAUACUCAUGAAUCGCAAAAUGAUAGCAGGAGACUUCAGGAUUUUCUAAAAGGCCAAGAUUUUGGGCGCAUUGUUGCUAUUGUUGUGGGAGACUCGGUUGCUAAAAACCUCCUGGAUGAAACCAGGACAACCAUACAGAAUCUUCUGGGAAGUAAGCUCGUCAAAGGAUUGAGUUACAGGCAGGCCUGGGCUUUAGUUGGUGUAAUUGGUGAUAGAAAUUCAUCUUGUAACGAGUCUGUGAGAGAAUAUGAAAACGGCAGCACAGGAGGCAAAGCCCUUGCGCAAAGAGAAUUUUUUACGGUGGAUGGUCAGAAGUUCGCUGUGAGAGCUUUCAGUGAAUGGAUUGCUGGUGUUCCAAAGUGGGGUUUCCAGGUUGAAGCUGUGCAUGGAGUGAUAUUGGAUCUGUCGGAUGAUAUUAGUACUUGGAAGCCUGAAGACCAGAUUGUUGUUGCAAGCACUGAUUAUUCUAUGUACCAGGCAGAAGAAUUCACCCUCCUUCCUUGCCCAGAAUGCAACAGAUACCAAGUCAAGGUUAGAGAAACCCCUCAGUUCCAUCAUAUGGGAGAAAUCAUUGAUGGAGUGGACAUGAGGGCCGAGGUUGGAGUUCUCACCAGGAACAUCUUAAUAAAGGGAGAGAUGGAAGAUUCCUGUUACACUGGCAAAGAAUGCCAGUUCUUCAAUUAUGAUACUUUUGGUGGACACAUCAAGAUUUUGAAGAAUUUCACAUCUGUUCACCUCUCCUAUGUGGAACUCAAACAAAUGGGUCAGCAGGUGCAUGGAUCUUACCCUGUUCACUUUCACCGCUGUGGAGAUGUAGAUGAGAAAGGAGGGUACAGCUACAAGACUUAUGUGGAAGGCCUUUCAAUUCAUCAUUGUUUCUCCAGAUGUGUGAGCAUUCAUGCAACAAAUGGCUUGCUGAUAAAGGACACCAUUGGUUAUGACACACUAGGCCAUUGUUUUUUCAUGGAGGAUGGCAUUGAACAGAGGAAUACACUGUUUCAUAAUCUGGGACUAGUCACCAAACCAGGCACACUUCUUCCAACAGACAGGAAUAGCACGAUGUGCACGGCCAUGCGGGAUAAAGUCUAUGGAAACUAUGAGCCAGUACCAACCACAGACUGCAUGGCUGUUUCCACAUUUUGGAUUGCUCAUCCUAACAACCACUUAAUAAAUAAUGUAGCCGCAGGCUCACAGGAUGCCGGAAUAUGGUAUAUAUUUCACAAGGUGCCUACAGGAGAGUCUCAUGGAUUGUUUCCUGAAACCAAAGCUGAACUUACACCUCUAGGAAUUUUCUAUAACAACAAGGUUCACUCCAACUUUAAGGCUGGUUUAUUCAUUGAUAAAGGUGUGAAAACCACCAAUGCAAGUGCUGAGGAUAAAAGGGAAUAUCUGUCUUUGGACAAUAAUGCAAGGUUUCGGCCUCAUGAAGAUGCAAAUCCAGAGAAGCCUCGAGUUGCUGCUCUCAUAGACAGGCUAAUUGCUUACAAAAACAACGACCACGGGACUUGGGUCAGAGGAGGGGAUAUCAUCAUUCAGAACUCUGGGUUUGCUGACAAUGGAAUAGGUUUAACCUUUGCCAGUUAUGGAAGCUUCCCAAGUGAUGAAGGUUCCAGCCAGGAAGUCUCGGACUCUCUGUUUGUUGGUGAAAGCAAGAAUUACGGCUACUUAGGUGGCCAAAACAAAUACUGGGGAACUGGAGGAAUAAACAAUAAAACUCGUACCCUGCCUAGAAACCGGACUUAUCCAAUCAGAGGUUUUCAGAUUUACGAUGGGCCUAUUCGUCUCACCAAAUGUACAUUCAUUAACUUUGUACCAACUCCAGACAGAUUCACAAGUGCAAUUGGGUUCCUGAUGAAAAACACCUGGCAAAUUACGCCUCAGAACAAUAUUUCCCUAGUGAAGUUUGAUGAAAAUGUUUCUCUGAAAGUCUUUUAUGGUAAGCCCGGCCCUUGGUUUGAAGAGGCUGAUCUUGAUGGAGACAAGAACUCAAUAUUCCAUGACGUAGAUGGAUCUGUGACUGAAUACAAGGACACUUACGUUGGUAGAAUGGAUAACUACCUGAUUCGUCAUCCAGACUGUAUUAAUUUUACCAAGUGGAAUGGUGUGGCCUGCAGUGGGACCUAUGCUCAGGUAUACAUCCAGACACGGAAUCCACAGAAUCUUACCAUGACUAUGGUGCGGGAUGAAUAUCCUUCCAACCCUAUGAUACUGAGAGGAAUUAAUAAUCAGAAAGCUGAUUUCCAGCAAUACCAGCCUGUUGUGAUGCUUCAAAAGGGCUAUACGAUACAUUGGAAUGGACAAGCCCCUCAGUCGACAUCUCUUUACCUCAUUAACUUCAACAUGAAUGACUGGAUUCGGGUAGGCCUCUGUUACCCACCAGACACCUCUUUUCAAGUAACCUUUGACCGUAAGCAGGCUGGUUACUAUAAUGUGGAAGACUAUGUUCCUGUAUCUUCGAUGGCAGAAUUACAGAAGAAUCGAACAGAGAAACAUUUUUAUUUUGAUAACAGCACUGGGCUGCUGUUUUUGUUUCUUCAAACCAAAUAUCCCAGGAAUGGCCACAGUUACUGUUCAUCUCAGGGAUGUGAGAGAAUCAAGAUUCAGGCCACCAUUCAGUCAAAGCCUGUCAGUAACUGCUUGACAAAAGCUUAUCCAAAGUACUUCCAGAAGCCAAGUGUUGUGAAAAGAAUGCCUACGAAAAUUACGAGCUCAUGUCAAAAGUGUGGCUCAGCUCAGAUGGCAUUUACCAGUGAUCCUCAUAAAACCUACCUCCUUGUGAAAAUACAGUCCCCUGAUUCACAAAGGAAUCAAGGAUCGUCUGUCUCAGUCAACGGUGUUAAGUUUCCAUUGAGAGGUGUGGGUGUACUCAGCCUAGCCAUUGAUGCCUGUACUGGCAAAGUAACAAAAGAAACAUUUUUCCCUGAAGUGAACAUCAAGCACCUAGAAGAUCAUAUAAAAACUGGAAUUCCCCAGAGGUCUAUAGUUAUAUUAAGCACCACAGGGAAUAUAAAAAAUCUUAACAUUUCGCAAGCCUUAGUGACCCUUGGAGCAGCAAAACCAGCAAGUCUUCAGAACAUGGGGAGCAUCAGCUUUCUUGGGUUCAGAGGAAACUUUAAACCAUCUUGGAUAAAGCUCUUUACCAGUCCUGCAGGGCAGGGCUUAGGUCAAAUUGAAAAGUAUAUCCCUUUACAGCUGGAAGAGUACGGUUGUGCCAGAGUGAACACUAGCCGACGGAAAGAUUUGGAACUUUUAAAGCAGGCUAUAAGAACACAGUAGAAAUUAAGGGUGCCUGUGAGCACUGAAGACAAUGUGAACUAAUUUAUUUAUUUUAUGGGAUUUUAAAAUGUACUAUUAUCCCAAGUACAUCACUUUGCUGUUUUGAUAUGGACACAUGCCUACGUUGAAUGCUUGAAUGCCAUUCUGUGCACCUUCGGAUUGUACAAAAUAUUAAAGAAGUAAAGUAUUUGUUAAAAAUACCAUUUUUGGGGGUGGGAUGCUUCUAAGGUUUGUACUUAUAAAAAGCCUUUUGUCUUCUACUUUCUUUGUGUUGCAUUCUUGAGAAGAGAAGAUGCUGCUUUGGAGGGUUUGUUCAGAUUUGUACCUUGGAUUACUUGAAGUAUUUUAAAAACACUUGCAUAUAUGUUUAUGUAAUAAGGAGGCCAGUUUCUACAUUGCAAUUAGCUACUUAUUUUUCUUUCUAACUCAC